GAUGUUGAAGCGGCCGCUUGGGAUGGCCCCUCAUUGUCUUUUGCAAAAGUUUACUUACAAUCUCAAGGAAGAACCACCACGAUUACCAACUGGAGACCUAUUUUAACUGGAAAUCAGAUACCACAAUCAAGAAUAUUGAAGCAAAAUGGCUCCCAAAUUUUCAGAAGACGAAAUCGACGAUUUGAUCUAUUUUGCUAGGGUCGGGGAGAAAGACGAAUUCGAGACUUUAAGAGAGGAAUUAUGUAAAAGGGAAGGAUGUUCAACAACUGAGUUGUUGGAGAAUGCAAGAGACAGUGAGAGUGGAAACGGCGUGCUACAUAUGUCUGCCGCCAAUGGCCAUCACGAACUUCUCGCCCUCCUCGCAAAACACCUCUCCAAUCCAUCUCCUCAAAACCCCCAAAUGCUCAAAAUACUCAACACGCAAAACGUCUCUGGAAACACACCUUUACAUUGGGCAGCCUUGAAUGGUCAUUUGGAAGCAGUCAAAGUUUUAAUAGAAAAUGGAGCAGAUCCAACCAUUCAGAAUCAGAAGGGACAUGAUGCGGUCUAUGAAGCAGAAUUGGCGGACAAGACUGAAGUUGUGGAAUGGGUUCUGAAGGAGGGAGGUGAAGGACUGGAGGAGGGGAUUGCGGGGGAUGAGGGGGAGAGCGGAGAGGGGGAAGAAGGAGUGGAAGUUGUAGAAGUUGCCGAGGGAGAAGGAUUGGUGGAUAAGGUUAAGGAGUUAGGAAUUGGUGGGAGCGGUGCUGGAGAGAAAUGAAGAGGUGAGGGUUCUUAGAAGUGAAUUUUACAAAAGAGACUCAUGACGGCCAGUCAAGCCUUUCUCGACCUGUGUUGAUGAUCAGCCGUGGAUAGUGCUGGGAUAGUGCUGACAUUUGGAUGGCGGGAGUUAGUAAGAGCCAUCUAAUUUGCAUUAUCAUUGGUUAGAUGGUCGACACUUAAUGGAUAUAUCCGGCUCAUGAACAGAGAUAAUAUGGGGAUCUCCGAUGAAGCCAAAACACGUAAUUACAAAUCGAAUAUAGAACACCAUUGAAGACA